UUUUUUUUUAGAAAAUAUUUUUGUCCAGUUAUUAUGAAAAUAAAAGUGCAUAAACAAAUAAAUAAAAGAUGAGCUGAAAAUAAUACCAUAAACAGAUCUGCGUAAUGUUUUAAAAGCUGUCAAAAAUCAACCUAUUUUUGUCAAUUCUUGAUCUCAGGAAUAGAUAGCAAUGUCAAGGAGGCCAGGAAAUCCCGCUAGACGCGUAGCUGAGGGUGGAAGCCUCCCUUUUGUUGGAUCUGUACACUCGAAAUCACGUUCGUCGCCUUUGCUAUCUAUUGGCCUUGUGGUUGUGGGUGCAAUUCUUCUGAUAGUAUAUUGUUGCAGUGGCUCAGGUGGACAUAUCAGUGAAAGAGAAGCUUUCAGCAAAUUGGAAGGUAGUGGCUCAUGCGCAUUAGAAGUUCAAAGAGCAAUACCUAUCCUGAAGAAAACUUAUGGUGACAGCAUGCGUAAAGUAAUGCACCUAGGCCCUGACACUUGUUCUGUAGUACUGAAGUUGUUGAAAGAAGAAGAAACAGAAGCCUGGGGUGUGGAACCAUAUGACUUAGAUGAUGUUGAUGCCAACUGCAAGAAUCUUGUGCGCAAAGGCAUUGUGCGUGUUGCUGAUGUCAAGUUUCCCCUGCCAUACCGGGCAAAAUCAUUUUCUCUUGUUAUAAUUUCAGAUGCGUUGGAUUACUUGUCUCCUAGAUAUCUCAACAAAACUCUACCUGAAUUGGCAAGGGUGUCUUCUGGUGGUGUUGUUAUAUUUUCUGGCUAUCCAGGUCAGCGUAAAGCAAAGGUUGCUGAUUUAUCUAAGUUUGGCCGUCCAGCCAAAUUUCGGAGCUCAACAUGGUGGAUAAGGUACUUUCUUCAGAACAGCUUAGAAGAGAAUGAAGCUGCUGCAAAGAAGUUUGAGCAGGCUUCAGUAAAAAGGUCAUAUAAGCCUACCUGCCAAGUUUUCCAUCUCAAGUCAUAUCGAUGAGAAUCUCUACAUCAUAACAAGUCUUUGCUCUUUCUGCUUCUUGGCAAAAACCAUGCCAGUAAGCACCUUAAGCUCCCAUAGGGUAAAUUAUUUUGUUGAAAUCACAUUUGCUUUGUUCUGUCAUCAUACAGUAAAUGAUAAUUUAUUUACCUUGGAAAUGAGCAUGCUGAAUUCGAUUCUACAA